AUGAUAUUUAUCGCAUCGCGAUAUCGCCCGAUGGCGAACAUGGAGCAGGCCGUUACACUGGUCCGUUUCGGUAGUACAUUUGUCGCCUGCUGGACGCCGUUCUUUUUAGUCUCUCUGUAUAGACCGAUUUGUCGAUGUACGAUACCACGUGCUGUGGAAACAGUGACUGCUUGGCUUGGCUAUCUCAAUUCGGCGCUGAAUCCGAUUAUCUAUACGGUGUUCUCGCAGGAUUUCCGUGCCGCUUUCAAGAAAAUCAUCAGACGUCUAUGCUUACUCAAGGAGUACUAA